AUGCGUUCCCUGUCUUGGGACAACAUCACGCGUGACUUCGGCACCGGGAACACUGCUGGCAAGGGCACCACAUCGACCCUGGAGUCGCAUUCCCUCGGUUCCUGCAGCGACGUCUACGAACUUUGUUUCGAGUCGUGCUCCGUCGGGAAGGGCCUCUUCAAGAAGAAGAACAAGCCCGCUGAGGGAUCUUGUCACGUCGUAUGCGCCGUAGCCCAGGAGGGCUGUCAGAGCUGCUCGAAGAAACACUACAAGGGCAGCAUGAUCACCACCCUGCAAGGCAUGGUCCGCGUCGUGUCCACCGUGGCCUACUGGAUGUGUUACCUUCUUGCAGUGAUCGCUUGUUGCUUUGGCACCAUCGCCUGGCUCGUGGUCGGCCUGUUCUACUGGGAACCGACCAUGCCCCUUUUCUCGUGGGCCGAGUCUUGGCUGCCUCCGGCGAUCCUGGUGGGUUCGGCAGGAGGUCCAGAGAAGGUGUACAUUGCCCUGAUGGAAACGGUCGUCGCCGACGAGGAAAGCCGUCACCAGCGAGACUGGUGCGCAAGGCCCAACACCCGCGGAAGGACCACCCGGAUUACCAAAUCCGACAACGCCCAAAUCACCAGCAACGACAACCGCGGUGACAUAGUCAACGACGGCGGCAACAACAUCGACCACAACGGCGACAACGACAACAAAAACCUAAGCGACGACAACGACAACGCCGACAACGACACUUCCGACAACGACGACAACGACACCGACAUCGGCAACGACAACGACAACGACAACGACACCACCGGCAACGAUGAUACCAGCAGCAACAAAGAAGAAAACAUCAACACCGACCAUGAGGACAACAACAACGACCAGGAGGACAACAUCACCGACCAGGAGAACAACAACACCGACCAGGAGGACAACAACAACGACAACAACAAAGAGGAUGACAACGACGGCAACAACAGCGCUACCUCCACCGCUACCACCGCCACCAACGAUGGUGCCAGUGAGGACAACGGAGAGUAG